AUGUUUGCCCGGCUCCUCUUAUUUACAACCUUGCUAGCUGUGUCUCUGGCUUACUUCCUAUCCCGCGAGACCUCGACAGAACAUGCGCCAUAUGUCCAAGGAAGAAACAAAACCGUGCUUUUCCUCACAAACAGCGAGCAUGGUCUAUCCAAUGUGCACCUUGCAACUGCAUUGGCGAUACUAGAGAAUUACCCAGAUGUAGAAGUUUAUUUUGCUUCAUUUUCGUCUAUUGAGCAAAAGUUGGAACGAGUUUCCUCAUUCGCCAAGAUCAAAUCUCCUCAUGCGAGAGCCAUCGUUUUCCACGGUCUCACCGGUCUGACAUUUGUGCAGGCAAUCGCCAAAGAAGGUCGAAGCUUCAUCUCCCCUCCAGGGUGGAGAGGUAUCGCUACUUUGGCAGAGCACAUACAGCUUUGGAUAUCGCCAUGGACAUUUGAAGAUCAUGUAUACUUGUACAAAGAGCUUGGUAGCAUUAUCGAUGAGGUCGACCCAGCAGUUAUCGUGCUCGACAGUUGGUUCCGGCCAGCUAUAGAUGCCACGCGCAAGAGGAAUAGGCAGCAUGCCUUCAUCACGCCGAAUACUCUUGUAGAUCAUUUCUUAGGCUUUCUCUCGCCGAUUCCUCUGGUGAACAUCCCAGAAAAUGUAUACAUGAAUAUUCGUUAUAUCUACAGCGCAAUGUUUACGCCAGAUGCUUCAAAAAAGAAAGCUCGACUUCAAGAGAUUGGUCUAGGAGAACCUAUGAACUUGUUCGGAAUGAAUCGGCUAGGUGUUCCAUGGAUUACCCAAAACACACAAGGCGCCAUGAUCCCAGUUGAAGUUAUUCCGCCAAAUGUCACCUGUGCUGGGCCAAUCAUCCUAUCAGGGCCGCCAGCUCAUCAACAAGAUCCUGAAACUGCAACUUGGCUCAAGAAUGCCCCUACAGUUCUCAUUAAUCUCGGUAGUAAUCUUGCUGUAGCUGAUGUUUGGCAGUAUGACGAAAGUCGUGCUGAAGUCAUGGCGAUCGCCAUAGCGGCGUUACUAUCCUCUACUAAUUACCAGGUCUUGUGGAAAUUUAAUAAGCUGGGGGACUUCUCUGAUGAUUUCUUGGUGCACUUGAAGCCCUACCUCGACAACGAGCGACUAAAAAUGCCAAGUUGGCUUGUAGCAGACCCGUCGUCACUUCUCGAUACUGGGAACAUUGUUACUUCAGUGCAUCAUGGCGGUUCGAACUGCUAUCACGAAGCCCUCGCAGCCGGUGUUACGCAAGUUAUACUUCCUCUAUGGGCCGAUCUUUAUAACUACGCUGCUCUAGCUGAGACAAGUGGCAUUGGGGUUUGGGGUUGUAAGGAUUCAACGCCCAACUGGAUGACAUUCUUCGCAAUCGUGGCAUCUGCCCUGCCAGAUCCAAAGGGUCAUGAGUUCCGCGCCGCAGGACCCUACGACAGUCGAUCACCAUGCCCAGGCCUCAACGCUCUCGCCAACCACGGUUACCUUCCACGCGAUGGUGCAAACAUCAAUUACGACAUGAUCAAUCAUGCAGCCCAAGCCGCUUAUCAUUUCGAAGAUGGCUUCUACAUCGAUGCCGUCAACAUGGUGUUUCAGCUUGAUAUCUCCACCACAAGCCGACCCAACGAAACGUUCCAUCUCCGAGACCUGGCUCAACAUGACCAGAUCGAGGUCGAUGGCUCUCUCACUCGAAACGACAUCUUCUUCGGCGAUGAUUUGCACUUCGAUGCUACUGUCUUUGAUCCCGUCGCACGCGAUCUUGGGCUGGAUAAGAUUAGCCGUAAAGAUAAAUUUGUCACAAUCGAAACAGCGGCCAAAGCAACGAAAAAUCGACUGGACCUUGCCAAACGUGCCAAUCCGGAGUUUAAUGUCUCUGUACAUCAACACGAGACGGAAUAUGGCACUACUGCACUCUAUCUUCUGACAUUGUGGGAUGAGCACCAAAAGGCAGCACCAAAGCAUUGGGUUAAAGCAUUACUUGGCGAGGACAGGAUUGCUUAUAGAGAGGGAUAUAAUAAAGGGAAAUCGGUCAAGACGAAUAAGCAAGUUGGUGCUAUGACUCAAGCUGUUCGAGCGGUCGUUGGGUGGAAGCCUUAG